GACGAGAAGCCUUCGUUUUGCUUCGAUUGGCUUCCAGACGGGGAUGCAGCAAAACACAGGGCAGGACCUUGGAGACCCCAUUGCAAGAGGUCUUUGUGUCUUUGUUGCUUGUGUUGGACCUCUCGUCACCACUCUAACCCAAUAGCAACGGCUUCUUUGUGGUAGCUACUGAACUAGCUAGCUAGAGGAUCAGCACAAUAGAACUAGCUAGGGAGACAUCGAGUUGUCCCUCUCAUCAGUCAAUCCAUCCAUCCAUCCAUCCAUCCAAAGCGAAAGAAGUGGAAUUUGUUUUGCAGUUGCAUUGGUGGUACCGUAGUCAAAGAACGCAAAGCCCUAUCGUCCUCCUUUCGCCAAUUCUUUUCUUGUAUUAUUUGAGUGUGCCCUGACGAAGCAGCCGACAAUCCACUUCUAACAUUAUUGAUUGGUUCAUCUAUCGUGAACUUUUGGAGUAUUGAAUUUAAUUUUAUCGUGAACUUUUGGAGCAACAAUGAACGACGACACGACCACAACCACUCCAGCUCCCACCCCAGCGUUUACUCUGAUUGCGAAAUGGGCCAAGGAACGGAUCGAACUGUCGAGUCUGACACCGGAGACAUCGAUUGGGGCCGUCAAGGAAAUGCUCAAGGAACGCACGGGUGUUCUUCCCAAACGACAAAAACUGAUUGGAUUGACCGUCGCCAAGACACCCGGCGGUCCCAGCAGUCUCACCGAUCAAGUCGUCCUGCAAGAAUUAAAGGUAAAGAAACCAAAGGGGAAAACCAAUGGACUUCCCAUGGACAAUACUACAAAUAAUAUUGUCCUGGAAUUCAUUCUCAUGGGAUCCAAAGAAGAAGAAAUUUUUGUCGAUCCACAAGACAAGGACGAUUUGCCCGAUGUCAUUGACGAUUUCGAUCUCGAUUUCAAUGCCGGAUCCGAUCAGUGGUUGCGACAUGUCGCCAAUGGAGAAAAUCUCAAAAAAUUCACUGAAAAGACUGUGGUGCAUAUCAUGAACGAACCACGCCCCAAUAAACCAUUGUUGGUCUUGGACUUGGAUCAUACAUUGCUCGAUUUUAGUAGUCGAGUCUUGCAGCGAGAUGCCACGGCCAGUCGAGCCACGGUCGCCAAUGCCAUGAAAAGACCCUACAUGGACCAGUUCUUGACCGCCGUCUAUCAGCACUACGAUCUCGUCGUUUGGUCGCAAACAUCCUGGCGGUGGCUGGAAACCAAACUCAUUGAACUGGGCAUGCUAGCCAAUCCGGGAUACAAAUUCUGUUUUGUCCUGGACAAAACCAGCAUGUUCACCGUCACCAGUACACGCCGCGAUGGAUCUUCCGUCACACAUCAUGUCAAACCAUUGCAAUUGAUAUGGUCCAAAUUUGCCGAUCGAUGGUCCAGUUCCAACACGGCACACGUCGAUGAUUUGGGACGCAAUUUUGCACUCAAUCUGGGGAGUGGUAUCAAAAUAUCAGCCUACUAUCGGAAAAAGUCAUCGGCUCGACGGGAUGCCGAACUCUUGGGAUUGAGUCGCUAUUUGGAGGAGUUGGCAUGUGCCGGAGUCGAUUUUGACACUGUCGAUUUUAGUAAGUGGCAGGAAGUAGUCAGUGCGAAACGAAACUUGACCGAUGGAAACAACAACAACAACAAUGGGAAUGGAAACAAGAAAUAAAGGAGACUGCCUUUUCUUUUUUCUAUUGUGGCUCCACAAUAAAUCUUGCAGCGGCUUACUACGAUGACACCAACAACAAACAAAUCGAACGAAACGAGACAGCACACGCACGCAGCAAUGACGGCACAUGCAACAAUCAAUUCAGAACCGCCAAUAUAGAGGUCAUCUUGGAUCUUGCGACGGUCGCGGCUUGUGAGAUUUGCUUCGACUCAAGGCCCUUCCACCGAAUUUCAUUCUGUUGUGACUCGAGCGAUCGAGCCAUCAUUCAUUCGGUGGAUGGCAAACAGCAUAUCACCAGUGCAAAAGCGGACUACACUGCCGACACUCGAGAUCAUUUAGAUAGCACGCUUCAGAAUCAGAGUUUCUCCCAAGCUAAAAAGACGAAAUAAAACUGAACAGAUCUCUCGGUCAGCCAGCUCUGUCCACACGUGCACACUUGGAUUUGACUAUCUGAUGAAGACCAGCUACUAGGACAACGAGAAGCUCUUAGUCAAAUCCCACCGCCUUCAUCACAUGGACAGCCGUUUUCAUGGGCAUCUUUGAGGAUUUCCAAAUGGCCUCUUCCACAGCAUAGGCACAAGUGUGUCAAUCCCACAGGCAGCCACUUUCAUGAGCAUACUUCACCACUUCAAAAUGUCCACCCUCAGCAGCACUGGCACGUGUUCUUUUGUUCCAUGGGCAUCCAUUCUUGCGAGCCCAAUUGAGUAGUUCCAAAUGCCCUCCAUUGGCACAUGUCUUUUGAGUCCCAGGAAUAUCUGUUGUCAGGCCAGCGCCGGUUCCUUUCCCAGCGGCAACCGACAGCGCUAUAUUUGCUAUUGAAUGGUACUGCACUGUAUGCUGUCGCUUUGAAAAGCCUUCAUGCCAUAUUCUAGUUUAUUUAUUUACUCAACUAGGAUUGCUUAUCACAGCCAGGGAAAGUUGAGUAGAUUGAAAUUCGCA